AUGAAUGACGGUAAAUCAGUGCUUGCCCGUAUUCCAAACCCAAAUGCCGGCCCCUCGUUUCAUACGACUGCGUCUGAGGUUGCUACAAUGGAAUUCGCUCGAGAUUUCCUCCAUACUCCCGUACCCCGAGUGUUGGGUUGGAACGCCACAGCUGAUAAUCCGGCUGGCUCGGAAUACAUCCUUAUGGGGAAUACGUGGGAUGACGACGUAGUCUCCUUUCGCGAGUCACUCAUUAAUGUUGAAAGGUACUGGCAUGAACUUGGCAUUGAAGGCGUUUGUCCCUACCACUUCACGCAGGCUGAACUGCAUAAUCACUCAGUUGAUGCCGAUGGAUGGAAUGAGGUUCAGGAUUUUUUUGACAGUUAUGAUGGGCUUGUCCAAAGGGAUGGCUGGACAAGUCAUGAAUCGUUCGAUGCUGCCUUUGGGUUCUUCGCGGAACUGAGAAACCGGGGCCUAGAGCAUUUGAAAGGCGAGGAAAGGGACAUCUUCGAAAGACAGACCCGUUGGGCCAAACACAAAAGUUGA